AAUUUAAAACGUUUAUGGUUACAUAAUAAUCAAUUAAUGAAUUUAAAUAAUUGUUUAAUUAAAUGUAAUAAAUUAAUAGAAUUAAGAUUAAAUUCAAAUCAAUUACAUAAUAUCUGUGGACAAUUAUAUCAAUUACAUUGUCUUGAAAUAUUAGAUUUAUCAAAUAAUCAUUUAGAUAAUAUAAUGGAAAUCAACAAAGAAUUAUCAAGAAUGCAUUUUCUACGUGAGCUUAAUUUGCUUGGAAAUCCCGCUGUUCUACAAUCGGAUUUUAAAUCUUUACUAUUAAGUUCACAUUCAACAUUGACUGUUCUGAAUAAGCAUGAAAUCUUAAGAGAUCAAUUUAAGUGGAGUAAAUUAAAAACCAAUUAUUGUCCAAAGUAUAUUCAGAAACAAUCAAGCAAAAGGAAAAGAAAUGUACCUAUUCAAGCAGAAACUGAGGAAAAACUAGUCCAAUCUCCAACGAAUCCUGACAAAGAAAUUGAAAUAUUUGAAGAAAAUUUGAGAAAAAGAUUUCAAGCCAAAACGAUUACAGAAUUUAAAUGUUUCGACUGGUCAAUGAUACCAAAUAGUGAAAUGAAACGAUUAAAUUCAAGAACUGCUGUGCCGAAAAAUAUUGUAGUUCAAUCACAAUUGUAAUUCAUGUGAUCAUAUAGAAGAAAAUAACAAAAUCCAUAAAUAGGAUUGAAUACAGUUUUAGUGACAUUAAUUAUGAUUAACAAAUCACUGAGUAAUUGUCAAUGCCAUAUUUAUCUGAUCUGUUGACCAUAACUAAUAUAAUAGCUCAG